UGUGCCCUAUUUUGCAGCGUUCCUUACCGGAGCCAUGUGUAACGUGUUCGGUUGCAGAGCUGUAGUAAUGGCGGGUAGUGUGAUGGCGGCGGCUGGUCUCCUGUCCAGCAUGUUCGUCACCACUCUACCUGUCAUGUACCUGACGGCUGGCGUCAUCACAGGUGUUGGGUUCUCCUUCAUGUAUACGCCAUGUAUUAUCAUGGUGGGCAGAUACUUCAAGAGAAGAAGAGCACUUGCGAACGGACUAGGCCUAUCAGGCUCCGGGGUCGGAACUUUCGCCUUCCCACCAGUGUUUCAGUUACUUAUAGACUCAUUCGGCUGGCGGGGUUCCCUUUUUAUCGUAGCAGGGGUCACCUUACAAGGCUGCAUCUUUGGUGCCCUGCUAAGACCGAUAUAUCUAAAGGAUGACGUUGAAAAAAGGAAAAUUGUUAUUUCAAAUGGCAGACAGAUUCCGUCAAGAUGUCAUCGGCCGUGCCUGUCUCUAUGUAGACUCCUGGACCUCUCGCUUUUCAAGAACCCGAACUUUGUUGUUAUUAUUGUUUCAAGCAUGCUCGUGAUUUUUGGUAAUUUCAUCCUCUUUGUUCACCUCGUUGCCCAUGCGAGAAAUGUUGGAACUGCAGCGCAGGAAGCCGCUUUUCUUGUCUCAGUUGUGGGUAUCGGUGAGAUGGUGUCCAGGAUAGCGUACGGCUGGCUCUCGGACACGGGUCUGUUCCCUCGGCUCCGUGGGUACAUAGUCUGCGACCUCGGCCUCGGCCUGUGUCUGUUCUUCUUACCAUUUGCACAGACGUACCCUUCCAUGGUGGUAUGUAGCCUCGCUAUAGGCCUGUUUGGUGGCUCCUGUGCCAGCCAAACAGCGGUAUUUCUGGCAGAGUUCUGCGGAGUUACCAGACUGGCCAGUGCUGUGGGGAUAGCCUACGGGAUACAGGGGUUCGCCAUCUUGUUCGGCCCGCCUAUUGCAGGUCGUUUAUAUGACGUCACCGGAAAUUACACGGUCUCCUUCUAUGUUGCCGGAAGUGUCGUCAUGAUCAGCGUUCUGAUGGUGACGUCACUAGAAGUACAUCGCACGUGGACUUCACAAGUCUUACCACAGACCUCUAGAACCAACGGAUCUCUUAUAUCUACUGAAGAUAUGGAAAGUUUUGACAAAGAGAAAGAUACGGAAUGGACUGACUCUAGCGAGCAUUUCAUCAUCCAUGAAAGUAGUGUGUAAAUGUCUAUUUCAGUGUCUGACAAAAUGUAAUAUGUCCAUUGUGAACACCGAUUCUCUUGUCUAGUACUAUCAAAACUUGCCAUGUCAAAUAUGAGUAACAAAAGAAGGUCAUGUAUGGCAAACUAGAAACCACUUUCAAUGUUGAAGAAUGAGUCUUGUUUAACAAGGCACAUAUUGUUUGCUCGGCUUGUAGUUUUUACCAUCUCUUGCAAUUACUCUGAAAAGCGUCCUUAGCAACGGCCAUGGCAACGGUUAUCAUGACAGAUAUUUAUAAUGUAACGACCAUAAUACCGGGAAUGGUACAAUGCAACCAUUGAUGUAUAAUGUAUAAGAUAAAGCCUAUUCGGGAUAUUUCAACAGAAAGUUAAUUAUACAUCAUAUACGCUAUUUAAUGACCCCUAACGCCUGACCGGUGUAAGAUAUGAAAAAAAAAAUGUG